GCGACGAGUCGCGCCGGCUUUUCACCAGCAGCGCCAAAUUACCGGAGAACACGAUGGAGAACAGGAAUCCAAACUACGGUUCCGUGGUGUUCCAAUUGAAAGACGCGAAUCUCGAGGCUAACAACAUCUGCGACUUCGUGUUCCGGGGGCUGAAGGUCGUCUGUAGAACAAGAGUGGUUACCGUUUGCCUGAUGUGCUUGUCCACGGUCCCGGUUCUUAUGCUGAUUUACGACUUGUCAAGAAGCUGUGAAAAAUACAACGCUGGACAGCAGUGCAACCUACGAAACAGAAAACCAGCGUUUCAGAAAGCUUCGUGUUCACGUCGAAUCAAUACUCGACUUACAAGCAGUUAUCAAUAAAUUAGUCGCGAAACUCGGAGAGCUAUCGCUACCCGUAACGUUAUCACCAAUCCGGAUUUCCACAUCCAUUAAUCUGAAAAGAUUUCGCUUGGCUUCACUCUCUAAUUUAGCCAUAGUAGUUGCUGGAAAUUUCACAGUGCCUUGGUUGAGGAACGAGACGUAUCGUAUCGUACAGCCGCGAUUUGCAUACGAUUCGACGUUAAUACGAUGGAAAUGCAGCGCGGUGAUGAAGCAGCUUGUUAACUUCGGCGAUGCUAAUUCCACUCAUAGGUCACGAUUACCGUAUAAACGCAAUUCCGUGCGGCUUGAAUUUCUCGAAAGACUGCCCGAGGGAGCCGAGAAUACCGAUGUACAUGGUGAUCGGCGGAACGUUUGGAAGCAUGCUCAUGGCGUUGCUUAUCUACUCGCAGAUACGCUCCAGGAGACCAGAAAUGAUCUCCGUCCCCUCGACCAGACCUCAAAUCUCUUUCAAGAAAUUGAUCAUCAUCGUCUUAUCGUGCUUCCUGUUGGGAUGGUUCGUGAUGGGGAAUUACUGGAUACUUCGCAUCAUGUGGCCACCGUACACGUUCUUACUGCACACUCCAAACGACCACUGUCACAAGACUCUCUAUCUGUUCUCUUUGGUACAUUUGGCCGUGAUGUACGUCACCUUUGGGAUCACGCUGCUCGUGAUAACCGUGCUGGCGUCCUUCAGAAUCCUGGCAUGUCCGUUACCAGAAAGGUAAGCCAUGGUCAAUCGCGUGGAACCGCCGAUCACAACAACGCACAAAUUUCUCGUCAGCAGCUAGAUCGGAUCCACAACGUACCGUGGUGGAUCAUCAAACUAGUAGAAUUUGGUUAGUGAGAUUUUGCUGCUCGCUGACGCGACACAUCACAGUGUUCUCCACUUUCCGCUGUGAAUUUCCGCGCGCGCGAAACGCAUUCAACAUGCAAAAUCGACGCAUCGAAACCGCAAGCUAUCCUCGCUUGUGUAUGUUCGUUGCAGUGGCAAACAGAUUCGCGACGAGAGAGAAAGCAAGUCUGUUGGAAAAGGCAGCACGACAGAUUAGAAGUAGAAGGUAUCGGUCGCUCCCUCUGUUUUCCGUGAAAUGCGGUUGAUAGGAUGCUUUCAGCAGAACGAAGAGAUUAUAAAGCUCCGCUACUUUACCAAUAUUGAUACUCUCUUUGUUAUACAGAAAGCGUCGCUGUUCCUCGCAGCCACGGCAGCCCAC